CUCUAACUCACACAUCCUAUCCUAAACCAUGUCCUCCUCCCCCAAAGAUUCCCUCCUCUUCACUCCCCUCCCCAUCGCCGGCGGCAAAAUCACUCUCAAUCACCGCGUCGUCUUCGCCCCUUGCACACGAAACCGCGCUGUUCCUUUAAACAAAGAGCCGACACCAGAGAACCGAAAUCGGAUAUGGUAUCCAGACGAGCUGGUAGCGGAGUACUACGCGCAGCGGGCGACGGAAGGCGGGCUUUUGAUAUCUGAGGGGAUACCUCCAAGCUUAGAGGCCACAGGGGCACCAGGCGUCCCCGGCCUCUUCCACCCCUCCCACCUGACCGGCUGGCGCCUCACCACCACCGCCGUGCACCGCCGCGGUGGCUUCAUCUAUGCUCAGCUCUGGCACGCCGGCCGCACUACCCUCCCCCACCUCACCGGCACCCCCUCCGUCAGCGCGUCCGCAACACCAUGGGAUGACCCUUCUGAGCAGAAGACCAUCCGCCGCCUCCCACCCCUAUCCGACGAAACCGUCCGCUUGGCUGACUACCCACCAACCGAGCUUACGCAAGAGGGAAUCAGGAGGACAAUAGCAGACUAUUGCAACGCUGCACGGAUGGCAAUGGAAGCUGGGUUCGAUGGAGUGGAGGUGCAUGGCGGGAACGGGUAUCUGCCCGAGCAAUUCCUGUCGUCGAAUAUCAACGUGCGGAGUGACGGGUACGGGGGAAGUGCGGAGAAACGAUGCCGGUUCGUUGUAGAGCUGAUGGAGGCGCUGGCGGCGGCGGUGGGGGAGGAGAACGUAGCGAUAAGGCUGAGUCCGUUUGGGUUGUUUAAUCAGGCUCGGGGGACGGAGAGGGUUGAGACGUGGGGGCAUUUGUGUAGGGAGUUGAAGAAGUGCGUGCCGGGGAUGAGCUAUGUUAGUUUUAUUGAGCCGAGAUAUGAGCAGAUCUUCAGCACAUCAGAGAAAGGUUCGUUCCUCUCGUCAUGGGGGCUAGAAAAGGCGGAUCUCUCCCUCUUCCGUGAGAUCAUGGGCUCGACCCCUUUUUUCUCCGCCGGUGGCUGGAACGAUAAGAAUUCCUGGGGUGUGCUGGAGUCGGGUGUCUGCGAUGCCCUCCUAUAUGGCCGCUACUUCCUCAGUAAUCCAGACCUGGUGGAAAGGUUGAAGCACAGCUGGCCAUUAGAGAAAUAUGAUCGAGCCACGUUCUAUGGGCCUUUUGAGGAUCGGAUUUACCACUACACCGACUAUAAGCCUUGGCAACCGGAGAGCAUAGAGGUUGUUGAAAGGGUCGAGCCGGAGGAUGUGAAGCCAAGUGCUUUGUUUAAGAAAGGCGAGGUGAUGAUGGAGGCGCGGGAGGUUAAGGUAGUAGCAUGAGCUAGAUCUUGAGCAUAGCCUGCGCUAGGAGGCUCAUUCCGCAUUAACAAAUCCAGAUUGUAAUGACUAGUAG